AUGGGAAAAUUUGUGCCUUAUGUUUUACCAAUUAUUUUAACAGUAUUUGUUGCCCAAACUGCUGCCCUUUGGUGUUAUCAAUGUGUUUCUACACAGCCUGGAUGUGGUACACCCUUUAAUUGGUUAUUUCACUGGACUAAAGUGUGUCCCGAGGAUGAUGAUGUUUGUGUGAAAAUUCUUGAACAAAAAGAUGGUGAAACUGUGAUAACAAGAGAUUGCCUCAGCUCUAUGAAAGGUAUUAGAACAGAUAUUCCAGCAGAUCAUUAUGAAGGUUGUAGGCCUGCAGCUGUAGAUGUUAAAUUAGCCAAUUAUGUGAAUAAUUCAGUGAAGGAAUUGGAUAUUUAUGAUAAAUAUUAUGACAACACAACUUGGUGCUUCUGCUUUUUGGAUCAUCGAUGCAACAGCGGCAUUUCAUUCAAAUCGUCAUGGAGUUUUGUAGCCUUAAGUACAAUUUUAGCGUUAUAUCAACUGAUUUGA